AGAUGGAAUUGUGUUGCAUAUCUUUUAGCUUUCCGACAGUGGCAAGAGUGUGACUGGAAUGUGAAUCGAAGUAUUCAAGAAAAGUUAUAAUAUGUCGGAUACAAAGACAAAAUCACCGGAAAAAACUGCGCCAGCAGCUACAAUUUCGACCAAAAAGAAAGGUACGAAGAAAUCUAAGCCAAGAAAUUAUGAUCUAGGAAAUGGUGUUUAUAGAUUUAGCCGUUCACGCAUGUACCACAAAAAGGCUAUUUAUAAAUUUUUAGAUAAAAAAACACCUAAAAUCGUAAAACUUAAAAAACCAUUGACAAGCGAAAAAGAAAUAGGUGGUGAUAAGAAUGGAGAGAAACGAGUUGUUCUAUUAAAGAAAAGAAGGGCUAAUUAUCCUACAGCAGAUCCUAUUGCAAAAAAACAUGCCAAGAAAUGCUUCCGUGAACACCGUCGAUACUUAAGACCUUCUUUAGUUCCAGGAACUAUUUGUAUUUUGUUAGCUGGAUCUCACAAAGGGAAACGUGUUGUUUUCUUGAAACAACUGAAAACAGGAUUAUUAUUAGUUACAGGUCCAUUCCUGAUCAAUGGUUGCCCACUGCGAAGAAUAAAUCAGAACUAUGUCAUAGCAACUUCUACACGCAUUGAUCUUUCUGGACUCAAAUUACCAGAACACAUAAAUGAUGAAUAUUUCAAAAGGAAACGUGAGAAACGGUUAAAGAAAGAGGAGGGUGAUAUCUUCAGUAAAAAGAUGGAUGAAUACAAGCCAAGCGAUCAAAGAAAAUUGGAUCAAAAAACUUUAGACAAAUUUAUAAUAGAAAAAAUUAAAAAGAAUCCAGAUAAGAAAUUAUUGUUCACCUAUCUAUCAGCUAUGUUUGGUUUACGAAGCAGCCAAUAUCCGCACAGAUUAAAAUUCUAAUAUGUAGUUACAACUUAUAUGUAACUAUGUGAACAAAAUUAAAGAGAAUGACCUUA